CGUCACCGUCUCUCUUCUCCGGUUAUGCGCGCGCGAAAGUAGCGGAGUGAAAUCUCACGAGCUCGCACUGAUCUAAACCAACAGAAACUCUCCCUAAUCGAAAAACAUCUGCAAAAACCAUGGCGGACACAAAGGAGGCACAAGAUGAGCAUGAACCAUCCACGGAGAACGUUGAAGAAUCCAACCAUGACCCUCAUUUUGAGCCAAUCGUCUCACUACCCGAGCAGGAUGUUAAGACCUUAGAAGAAGACGAGGAGGAGCUUUUCAAGAUGAGGGCAAAGCUGUAUCGUUUUGCCAGUGAGAACGACCCUCCUGAGUGGAAGGAGCGCGGGACGGGUGAUGUCAAACUCCUGCGACACAAAGAGAAGGGCUCCAUCCGCCUUCUUAUGAGGAGAGAUCGUACCCUCAAAAUCUGUGCCAAUCACCACAUUAUGCCCCUGAUGGAGCUGAAGCCCAAUGCAGGCAGUGACAGGGCCUGGGUGUGGAAUACACAUGCUGACUUUGCAGAUGAAAAACCCAAACCAGAGAUGCUGGCUAUUCGAUUCCUUAAUGCAGAGAAUGCACAGAAGUUCAAGAUGAAGUUUGAUGAGUGCAAAGAAGAGGUCAGGAAGUCUCUAGAAGGUAGCAUGAACAGCGCUAACAAAGUGGCAGAGAAGCUGGAGGAGCUGUCUGUGAACGAUGACAAAACAAAGAGUUCAGAGGACAAGAAAGAAGAGGCGAAGAAAGAGGAGAAGGCUGUUGAGGAAAAGAAAUGAGCCCAGGAACGUCGCUUCAUACGGAUCCUCCACUUGCCAUUUUCCCCUUUUCUACAACAGACUCUGAAAAUGAAAAAUUGGACACUUUUUUUUUUUUUUUUUUCUUUUUUGGCCUCUUGACUUCACAAGACCUUGCUGCCACUCUUAAAUGCGUCCAUUUCUCAAACUUCAAGAUGUUGUGAGCUUUUUGUCCCAUUCACGAACUCCCGUAUCGCCCUUCAUUUUCUCAUACAUUGUGGACCAGUCGUCAGUCAUCAUGUAUUUGUGUAUUUACAAGACAUGCAAUGAUACAAGGCUUGUGCUAUUGAUUGAUUCCCACAUUGGGUAACCUCUUUUGUUGUUUUUUCUUUUGUACUUUAAAGAGUUAUAUUGCGAGUGUCUAGAUGAGCACUGUCUGAUAUGAAAGCGGGCUGUAUGAGUUGAUAGGGAGUAUGAGUAUCUGAGAUCUUUGACUUUUCCUUACAAUAAAGUCACACGAGGAACGUU